AGCUGCGUAAUCCCAGCACACCAGAACCGGCCCACAGAUUGACUUAUACAGCAGCCAUCACCGAACCCCGUACAUGCGCCUUCAAGGGCCUGUGUUUUGAGUAGACGGGAAAUCUGCCGAUCACCUUUUCUCAUUCGAUCCAGUCGGUCGAGUUCAUCGCAUGUAGUCCCAAAACCCACGACAGAACAGUCCCUCCAUCCUCGGUUCCUGUCAAUUUGUUGUUGACCCCCAGCGCCGCAUGCCACUUGUCCCCAGUUUUGCUGCACACAAGCAUCUCUUGGUGGAGUCAUUGGUGGAACGGAACGACUUUGGAAGAAACAUGCUAAUGACAUGAGUCUUGGCGCUUCAUGGCGUUGGUAUAUAAUAAGACACCGGCUGUAACUUAGCAAUGCAAUGCUUCUGGCUCGUUAUACCCGCUCCCACAUUCUUUUAUUCUAUUCAGUCGUUCAUUUCUUCAACGACUAGACGUUCGUUUUUCACAAUAAACAAUUACACUCACGAUGAGAUUCUUCCAAGUUUUAGCCCUGGCCGGUGCCGUUUCUGCUGCUCCCAAGGCUGCCAAGGGCAAGCGAGCCGUCACUGUCUCUGGAUCAGCCGAAGGAUUCGCGGCCGGUGUCACGGGCGGAGGUGACGCCACGGCCGUUUACCCCACCACUACCGAUGAGCUCGUCUCUUACCUCGGCGACGACGAGCCUCGUGUUAUUGUCUUGAACCAGGAGUUCGACUUCACGGGCACCACUGCCACCGCUUCCGGCUGCGCGCCGUGGGGUACUGCCUCGGCUUGCCAGAUCGCCAUCAACAAGGAUGACUGGUGUACCAACUAUCAGCCUGAUGCCCCUACCGUGUCCAGCAUCACCUACGAUGAGGCCGGCAUGAGUGGCAUUGACGUUGCUUCCGACAAGACCCUGAUUGGUGACGGCACCAGCGGUGUCAUCAAGGGCAAGGGUCUCCGCAUGGCCAACGGUGUCUCCAACAUCAUCAUCCAGAACAUCCACGUCACCGAAAUCAACCCGCAGUACGUGUGGGGCGGUGAUGGUAUCACCAUCGACGGCGCUGACAUGGUCUGGAUCGACCACGUCAAGACGUCCCUUAUUGGCCGCCAGCACAUCGUCCUGGGCGAGGAAUCUUCGGGCCGUGUCACCAUCUCCAACAGCGAGCUUGACGGUAACACCGACUGGUCUGCGACCUGCGACGGUCUCCACUACUGGGGUUACUAUUUCACCGGCUCCUCCGACACCAUCACCUUGAAGGGCAAUUACGUCCACCACACCUCGGGCCGCGGCCCCAAGGUCGGCGGCAACACAGUCCUGCACGCCGUCAACAACUACUUCGGCCCGUCAUCGCACAACUUUGAGAUCGGCAGCGGCGGCUACGUCCUGGCCGAGGGCAACGUCUUCGACUCGGUUGACGCCCCCGUGGAUGCGUCCAGCCUCGAGGGCGAAAUUUUCACUGCCGAAGACGUCUCCGCCUGCUCCAGCUACCUCGGCCGCGACUGCGAGGCCAACAGCCUAUCUAGCUCGGGCGACUUGUCCGGCACCGACUCCGAUGUCUUGUCCAAGUUCUCCGAUGCCAGCAACAUUGCUAGCGCUGACUCGCCUUCCUCCGUGUCGUCCAACGUGCCUAGCAGUGCUGGUUUCGGUAUCUAAAGUGGUCCGUGAUAUUGUUCAUCUAGUGCCGUUGAGUGUGCUAGGCCGUGGAAGUCGAAUGGUUUAACUUGUGUAUAUAUUUAUUCUUUGAAACAUUGUACAAUUCAUGACUUGGCUAGUCCAUUUAUCC